AUGGGAGAGCAGAACCGUUUCUCGGUUCUCAAUGGAGAUGGAGAUAAUGGCAAGUCGGGGGAGGAAGGCCCAACUCAACAGGGUAAGGAAGAAGAGCUAGGGAAAGUACAUGAGGAAAAGCGAGAAUUGAUCAACCAAACCAUGCAACAGCCACGUCCUGAAGCAGGGAGUAAGGGUAAUGAAAAAGAAGUUUUGAUGAAGAAGGACACACAACACAUGGACAAUGUCCCGGAACGUGUUGGUGCACAAAGUAAGAAGAACCUGAGUGACAAACUCACUCAGGCAUGA